CUGAUUAUCAAGGGAGUGCUGGAGUUUGUCGCGUCGCGUCGCUCGCUUGUAGCGUAUCAUGUGAUAGGGGCUGGAAUUUGACACCUCGGGGGUUCAAAACUCUCAUGUGUUUAUGGGACUUGAUUUUGGCAGUGCUCCUGCGUUUAGAGCAGAGAGCGCGUCUCGAGGAGCUGAACGCGUCCGAUCGAGCGUUUACUGCGCAUCUGGGUCAGUCCAGACAACACCAGUGAGCUCUGGACACAAGUUUACGUGAAAGACGUGGAUGUUCAGAAUUAUGCAUCUUCACUACAGGGAGAGGGCUAAAGGAAACAUUUUAAGGAAUACAUUUUCAUUAUCUGUGGAUUAUUUUCACUUGACUGUUUCUUAAUUUAUUUCACUCAAGUCCAUGACAGGAGAGGUCGAUCAGGACAGAAAGGAUGGAAAAGGGUGGAGGAGUCUGGAGACCUGCAUGGCUGCACCUGCCCGAUGUCACCUGAGGAACCGGAAGGUGAUGCUGCUUGUGUUUGUGUGUCUUCUGGGUCUCGUUGAUGGACAUUUCCUUCAGGAGGAGAAAGAAGAAUCCCGUCCUAGCAAGCUGAGAGCCUCUUCAACCUCUCCAAAACAUCCAGAACCAAAGAAAGAUCUAGAUGAGAGGCAGAGCCGAGCGCCAUGGGCACGACUGCACGAGUCAUCCCUGGCCGAGGAAGGCGAGGGUCAUCGAAUCCGGUGGCUGCGCUCCUCUACAAACAACUCCAGUUCUCGGAAAUCUCAGAGAAACCGUAAGGAGCAGCGCAAUCGCAAGCGAGGUCGGAGCAGCCAGGACUGUCGUUUGGAGAGGAAGGAGAUGAGGGUUCGUGAUCUGGGCCUCGGCUAUGACUCGGAUGAGAUCGUUCUGUUCAAGUACUGCGUGGGGACGUGCAUGAGCGCCCGUAAGAACUACGACCUGGCCCUGAAGGUGCUGACGGACAACGGCAGCGUUUCAAGCCGCAAGCUGAGCCUUCACCCCUGCUGCAGACCCACACGCUUCGAGACCGUCUCUUUCAUGGACGCCCAGACGAGCUGGCAGACCAUCAAAUGGCUUUCAGCGGCAAACUGCAGCUGUGUGGGAUGAGAGAAGCCCAGGAGACACAGCCGGUAAAAUCAGUUCAAAGCUCCGGUGUAGAAAGCGAGGAAAUUCCAGUGCAAGGAAUCGGAUGCAGUGCUCCUGAUGAUGCACUACAAACGCAGCGGAUCUGCUGCCGUCGGCACAGGAGCAACAGGGAUACAGGACGUCCUGCAGGGAGAUGGUCAGAAAGCGUUGGGGUUUGCAUCAUGUGACCUCAGAGAGCUAAAAACUGUACCUGUGAAGCAGGUCAUCAGGUUCCUGCUCCAGACUGCAUGGAUAGUUCGUGAAAAGUAACUUGAAGGCCUACAUUUCGCAUGAUCUGCCUCUAGGAGUUAUGAGAUGUUUUAAGAACUUGGGUAUCAUGAAGGUUCAUUUUAAUUCACUUGUGGGCUUAGCAUGUGUGUUUAAUAUACACACACUUUCCUCAAGCCAUGUGCACAUUACAAGACCGAAGUGCGUCAUCUUUUUAUGUUUGUGAGUAGUCCAGGUUUUUUUCAGACACAGGCCAAACAUUUGUUCAUGCAGCAGAUCUCCGUUUUGAUGGUCGGAUAUGAAUGCUUAGUAGUGGAUUUCUGCGUUUGGCAAUAUAAUAAUGAUCUCGUGCUCGAUUACACUGCUUGUCUGGAUGUAUGCCCAGCUAUAACACUCUCUUCCAUCAUCUGAUCAUCAUUAGAUGAAUCACUGCUGCCAUGAUCGCUAAAAAAUGUACACAAACUAAACUCUUUUCAACCCUAUUCACUUUUAAACAAAAUUCUGCCUGCUUUCCAUAAGCAGUGCACACAUGUAAUUUUGUGUGUAUAAUAUAUACUAUAAUAAGUCUGUUUUACAUAGAAAGUAAUCAUUCUUGGAUUGAAAAGAAUGUCAAUGACUUAACUUACAUUCUUGUUCAAAAGUAUUAAAUUAAGUAUUAAAUACAACAAUGUAUUAGAUUGACUGAAAGUGAGAGUAAAAGCAUUUAUAAUGCUACACAAGAUUUAUAUUUUAUAUAAAUGUUCCCUUUGAACUAUUUCCAGAAAAAUAAAAUGAAGGAGCACAAUGUUUUCAACAUUGAUAAUAAUACGCUUCUUGAGCGGCAAAUCAGUGUAUUAGAAUGAUUUUUGAAGGAGACUGGAGUAAAGUUGCUGUACCAGCGCAGAUUAAACAAGAUUGCAUGGUCAGUAAUGAAUAAUAUGGCAUAUUGCAUGCAAAACUGUUUCGUGAGUUCACCCGUGAGUGUUUAAAUGGCUUAUGUUGACAUGUUGCACAUCUUGUAAUGUGCCCUUGGCGUUACACACUUGCACAAACACAACCGACAGCUGACAAGUUCUCCUCAAGCUAUAUUCCAUAAACUCUGCUAUAAGAAAUACCUCUUUAAUUUCAAACUUCUUUAAACAACAAUGGCAUUUUGUUUCAUUGCUCGAGUGGAUGACUGAUUUUCUGUGCAUUUCUAUUAUGGACUGCAUCUUUGUCAGGGUACGUGAGAUAUCUGAUUUGUCAGUUAAAUGAAAUGGUUUACUGGUUAAAGUUGGCCGCACAUAGCACUGUACAGGUUUACCAAAAUGUAUUUCAAUCCAGGCAUUGUCAGAUUUCAUGUUUUGUUUUAUGUUUUGGGGUGUUGACUCCUCUCAGGUAGGGAUGUGGUUUACACUUCUAUAAUCAACCGUCACGUUUUAAUCUCAUGGUUUACUUUUACUUUUACUCAUAUAUCACUAGUAACGUUCUCAAAGACACUGUGAACUUAUUCUGUUUCACGCUAUAAUUUGGUAAAAAUAAACCGGAUAUUUUACGAAUUUAUUAAGCCAAUUUUUAGGAUUUUUUUUUUUUUACAUUUUCAUGAUAUUUUUAUUUUCAUUUAAUAAAUUCAGUACAUUUCCCCCCAAAUACCCAUUCUCAAUAAUGUAAUGUAAAAGAUUUAUGAUGCAUAACUUUUACAUUGUAUUUAUGGUACAGUAGUAUUUGUUGUACAUGCUUUUUUACUGUAGUACAUAAGACUGUCACAGUUAUGAAAAACCUAAUCAAUUUUUUUUUCUCUUUUCUAUUCAUUUUAUUUUAUUUUUAAACGUGACCAGUAAUGAGAUUAACCCUUAAACUAAAAGCAUUUUAUGACUAAGGGAAUUUUAAAUCAAAAACUCUGUUUUUGUAACUGUCUUUGAAGGGAAUGCUAUCGUUUGAUGUAUUUAUUGUAUUAUUAUUUUUUCGCAUACAUGUUAUCAUAAUUAUAUAUUUUAUUAUUUAUAAAAUGUAUAUACCUGGAAUGUAUUGCUCAGAUUUUUA